CCAAAUUGUAAGAACAACGAACUUGUUGGUUAAUUUCGUUUAUGGAUAAGUAAUACUAAUAAUAAAAUAAAGGUACUACGAUUGGUUUGUUUUGUUUCUGUGACUUGGUUGUCGUCUUCUUCUUUGUCUCAACGCCCCCCCAUUGACGAACCCCUCAAAGACGCAAUGUGGGUUUUGAUCCAUUGAUGAUUGAUCUUGUGAGGGUUUUUGAGAAUUUGCGUAAAGGAACAAACUUUUUGGCAUCAAUGGAGAACAUAGCCGCACAGCUAAAACGAGGGAUCUCAAGACAAUUCUCAACUGGCUCGAUUCGUCGAACAAUGAGCCGACAGUUCACACGUCAGUCAUCUCUCGACCCUCGUCGGACCAACAUGAGGUUUAGUUUCGGUCGUCAGUCUUCUCUCGAUCCGAUCCGGAGGAGUCCUGAUUCCACUAGAAGCGACGACGAGCCUCAUAUGUCGGUACCGGAGAAUCUCGAUUCCACGAUGCAGCUUCUCUUUAUGGCUAGUAAAGGUGAUGUCAGAGGAGUUGAGGAGCUUCUUGAUGAAGGGAUCGAUGUUAAUAGUAUCGAUCUUGAUGGUCGUACGGCGCUUCACAUCGCUGCCUGUGAAGGUCAUCUUGGCGUUGUUAAGGCUCUUCUUAGCAGGAGAGCUAACAUUGAUGCUCGUGAUCGAUGGGGAAGUACGGCGGCUGCUGAUGCUAAGUAUUAUGGGAAUUUAGAUGUUUACAAUCUCUUGAAGGCUCGAGGAGCUAAGGUUCCGAAAACGAGGAAGACGCCGAUGACUGUGUCGAAUCCACGAGAAGUUCCUGAGUAUGAGCUUAAUCCGCUUGAGGUUCAAGUCCGGAAAGCUGAUGGUAUCUCAAAGGGAGCAUAUCAAGUAGCUAAAUGGAAUGGCACGCGGGUUUCUGUCAAAAUACUUGAUAAAGAUAGCUACUCAGAUCCUGAACGCAUAAACGCAUUUAAACAUGAGUUGACGUUGCUAGAAAAAGUCCGGCAUCCUAAUGUUAUCCAGUUUGUUGGAGCUGUCACUCAGAAUAUACCGAUGAUGAUUGUAGUCGAGUAUAAUCCAAAAGGAGAUUUAGGUGUAUAUCUCCAAAAGAAAGGACGUCUUUCUCCUUCCAAGGCACUUAGAUUUGGUCUUGAUAUUGCAAGGGGAAUGAAUUACCUCCAUGAAUGUAAACCUGAUCCAAUCAUUCACUGCGAUCUAAAGCCAAAAAAUAUUUUGCUGGAUAGAGGUGGCCAAUUAAAGAUCUCGGGAUUUGGUAUGAUAAGAUUGUCGAAAAUUUCACAAGACAAGGCGAAAGUAGCAAACCACAAAGCACAUAUAGAUCUCUCAAAUUACUACAUAGCACCAGAGGUUUAUAAAGACGAAAUAUUUGACCGAAGGGUCGAUGCACACUCCUUUGGUGUCAUUUUAUACGAGAUAACAGAGGGAGUACCAGUUUUCCACCCGAGGCCUCCUGAAGAAGUUGCGAAAAUGAUGUGUUUAGAAGGAAAGAGACCAGUAUUCAAAACUAAGUCAAGAAGUUACCCUCCAGAUCUAAAAGAGUUGAUCGAGGAAUGUUGGCAUCCAGAAGCCGGUAUUAGACCUACAUUCUCUGAGAUUAUCUUUCGACUUGACAAAAUAGUAACUAAUUGCUCUAAACAAGGAUGGUGGAAAGACACAUUCAAGUUCCCUUGGAAAUAAAGAAGGGGAAGAAGAAGAAGAAGGAGAAGCAAGAACAGCGUGAGAUUUGUGGACAAAAUCCGAUUCACAGUGUGUUUGUCAGACAUAUGAACAUCGACAAACUCACUUACUAUGCAUAUUUUUGUUUUUGUUUUUGUUUUUGUUUUUGUUUUUUUGGUUCUAGAACAUAAUUUAUAGUACUUUGUAUAGUUUAUAAGCGCGUUACUGUAUAAUUAUCAACAAAUGAACUCAUGCUCGUUACAACUA